UUGGGCUGCGGACGAGGCCGAGGACUGAUGUUUGUGGAGAAGGGGCUUCCGUUUGGACUGCCGCUCUGGGACCCGAGGGAGCGGCGGGCCAGGCCGCCCCGGGAGGCCAAGGGGCGCCGCAAGGCCUGCGUCCAAGGCCCGGCCCGGGUCCGCGAGUGCUUCUACCCGGAGCUGGAGCGCAGAGCGUCCCCGGUGCGAGAAAAAAUGUGGAUCCCCUUUGGCGCGCUCGUCGUGAUUGGGAGGAAAAUGGAGCUGCUGGGUAGAAACAAGAAAAAGCGGAAGUUUGAGGAAACGGUCUGGAAAACCAGGCCGGGCCUGAGCCAGGAGAGGAACGUGCGGCUCCUGCACCGGCUCGUCAGCGUGUUAGGGUCCUCGGUCGGCCUGGCGAAAAGGAUCCCCAGGGAAGUGUGGGGGAAGCCGGAGGAAGCCAGGCGCAGGACGAAGGCCGAAGUUGGGAGUGCAGGGACGAGGAGGCUGACGUGGCUGAAAGAGGCGCCCCGGGCUCCUAGGGCGAGGAUCAGCAAAGAGGACGUGAGGUCCAGAGGGUACAGACCCGGGCAGAAUGAGGAGCUGAGCAUAAGCGGAGGGAAGGUGAAGUUGAGUGAAAGAGGCAGCGAUCCAGAGAGAAGCAGUGAUCUAGCAGAGAGGAUUUGAAGGUUUUGAGAAUGGAGAGCGUAAGUGAAGAUAAAAUUGCAAAUGAGGCAGGGAGAGAGUUCCGGACGCUGAGAUAGAAACUGCUUUGGAAAGGGCGGGAAGGAAUGGUGAACUGGGAGACUGAGGAAGGGGCGGAAGUUGAGGAGGAUGUCUUGGUGGAGUAACGGUGGCACAGACGCAUCUGCUUCUAUGGGAAAGAGAGAGGCUAGAGAUGAAGCUCCAGGCGAACGAGACAGAUGAAGGGUUGAAGCCAAAGAGGGAAAGAAGCAGAGGAAGCAUUGCAAGUCAAGGAGGAGGAAUCAGAGCCCAGCAGAACAUCACUGACCCCGGAAGAGUAAAUCUGAGAGGAAAGGAAGCAUCAAAGCCUGAGACGGAGUGAAGAGCUACCGGGGUGAAGGCAGAGACCAAGACCAAAGGGAACAGGAAGAGUGCUGAAGGAGAUGGGAACAUUUUGAGGAGAAAGAAAAUAUUUGAUAAUGUGUUAAUGCGUAAAGAAACAUUGGGUGAUCGUUUCUCGGAGAAGAGCUGUAACCAAGGAGCUUGUAGAGAAAUAUUUGAGAAAUGGAUUUGGGGUGGGCUAUGGGAUUUGGUUUGCAUAGGAAGAAUGCAGUGAGAAAAAUGGAAAAUUGCAGCACGAUAAAGGAUAAAUAAUGAAGGCUGUGGAGAAAGAUACAGGUUAAAUAAUGAAGUUUGUCAGAGCAAGCAGAGAAAACAUCUGAACGAGGAUCCUAAAAGAUGGACGAGGGUCUCCACAGAGACAAAAGCAGGAAAGAGAUAAGAAAAAUAAAUGAAAAAAAGUAAGAAGCCAAAUCUCAUAAUAGUGAUUACGUGUUUGGGUUUUAAAGUCAUUUCAUUCACUGUUUCUGUACCCUCCUCUCCCGUGUAGCCUAUUUAAUAAUCUAAUGGAACAGGCCUCUCACAGGGCCUGUAUAUCUGGGCCAAGCCCAUCCUCAUUGGUCUUCCCUCUAAUUAUUCUCCACUAUCCUGUAAUUUCCAAGUUGUUGCUCUUAUAAACCCAGUUUUGAAUAAUUGCUGGGCUCCACUAUUUUAAUCUCUUCACCAUGACCGCCAUUUCCACAGGUUUCCUCCUCAGCACCUCCACAGCAAAUCUGAAUUGCUCAUCUUGAUUUGAAGUUGUCUCAACUAUUUGUAUUGUUCAUCUUUGAUUUUUAAUUAUUCACAUAAUCACAUGGACUUUUCCCUUUAUGUUUGUGUCCUUUGGGACUUUU